GAGCUUACAAAGCCAGGAAAGAAAAUCCAAGAAUGAGUGUUGUAUCAACCAUCAAAACCACAGACACCUCCCGCUUCGCCGUGUUCGCCGCCGGCUGUUUCUGGGGUGUGGAGUACAACUACAGAAAGUACUUCCAGUUCCCAUCGCAGAUCCUGGACAUCAAGGUAGGCUAUGCCAACGGCAGAGAGAACAUUGCCAACCCUUCGUACAAACAGGUGUGCACCGGUGAGACCGAUUUCGCCGAAGCCGUUCUCAUUUCCUACGAACCAAGCCAGACCAGCUACAAGGACUUGGUGGACUUUUUCUUCAGAAUCCACGACCCAACCACCCUCAACUCACAGGGCCCAGACAUGGGUACCCAGUAUAGAAGUGGGAUUUUCACCACCGACGACGAGCAGAAGAAGAUAGCCGAGGCGGUCAAGGACACCUUUCAGAAGGAAUGGUACAAAAACAAGCGGAUUGUAACGGAAAUCGAAGACUUCAGGAGCUUCUACGAUGCAGAGACAUACCACCAGCUGUACUUGAACAAACACACCGAAAGAACCACUUGUGAAACCCAUUUCUAUCGUGAAAAGCCAGAGUGAAAAGUGGACUCCCACAGCGUCAGAGGUAGCACUUCUACCCGAAUUUCGCUUCUUUUCCAUUUUUUUUAACGUCAAGAGCUUUUUUAUUUCUCUAUAAUCUGUACAUUUCCUGUGUAAGACAAAAAACCUUCAUCUUGCCCCAACGCCUCAUAGACAUGAACAGCAGUGACGACUACAACGACUAUGGUGACGGCUACGCCUCGGGAGGUUUUGACGAGGACGCAUUGAACGACCAAGACUACGACCUCCUACACGACAUGCUUCCUCCCUUCAAAGAGCGGCUUCAGAACAGCAGCUACACUGACAUUCCGGAUGAUCUCCUCAAGGAAUACAUAUGGGAGGCAAACUUCGAUCCCGACGAGGCCUUUGUCAUUGUCCAGGAGAACCACAAACGUACGUAUACCCCUUCCCCCUUCUUACUUUCCAGUCUUUCCUCUUUCUUACUUUCUCUUGCCA